AUGGCAACUCAUAAUAUUGUGGUUUUUGGUGGUGAUCACUGUGGUCCUGAGGUAGUAGCAGAAGCAGUUAAAGUCUUGAAAACUAUUGAGUCUGAGAGACCAUCGGUUGGAAAGUUCAAUUUCCAAGAACAUCUCUUGGGUGGUUGCUCCAUCGAUGCCCAUGGCGAACCCCUCACCACCGCCGCACUCGAAGCCGCUCAAAAUGCUGAUGCCGUCCUCCUCGGCGCAAUCGGUGGUCCCAAAUGGGGCACGGGAAAGAUCCGUCCCGAACAAGGCAUCCUCGCUCUCCGCAAACAAAUGGGCACAUAUGGAAACCUACGUCCCUGCAAUUUCGCCUCACCAACACUAACAGCCAUCUCACCCUUAAAAGAAAAAGUAUGCGAGGGCGUCGAUUUCUGCAUUGUGCGCGAAUUAACCGGGGGUAUUUAUUUUGGCGAGCGCAAGGAAGAUGACGGUGAUGGAAAAGCUUGGGACAUGGAACCCUAUUCGCGCGAGGAAAUCGAGCGCGUCACCCGAUUAGCGGCUCAUUUGGCGCUGGCGCAGGAUCCGCCAGCACCGGUGUGGAGUUUGGAUAAGGCGAAUGUGUUGGCGACGUCGAGGUUGUGGCGCAAAACGGUGACGGAGGUUAUGGCGAGGGAGUUUCCGCAGUUGAAGAUUGGGCAUCAUUUGAUUGAUAGUGCGGCGAUGAUGAUGGUUAAGGACCCGAGGAAACUUAAUGGGAUUGUGGUGACGAGUAAUCUGUUUGGGGAUAUUAUUAGUGAUGAGGCCAGUGUGAUUCCGGGUAGUAUUGGUCUUUUGCCAAGUGCUAGUUUGAGUGGGGUGCCGGAUGGAAAGACUAGGUGUAAUGGGAUUUACGAGCCGAUUCAUGGUUCCGCCCCAGACAUCAGCGGUCAAGGCAUCGUGAACCCCAUCGGCACCAUCCUCUCCAUCGCCAUGAUGCUCAAAUACUCGCUCAAUCUCCCCAUCGAAGCCAAAGCCGUCGAAGAAGCCGUCCGUCUAACCAUCGAGAGGGGAGUCCGCACUGCCGAUAUCGGUGGUUCGAAUAAAACCGUCGAGGUGGGUGAUGCUGUUGUGGAGGAUUUAAAGAAAGUUUUGAAGAACCUUUGA